GAAUCCGCCGAGGCCGGCAGCAUGUCGCAGGAGCGCGCGGCCCCGCUGGAGGAGCUCCGUGGCUGGCCCGAGGCGACGUGCCGGCGGGAGCUGCCGUCCGUCCUGCCCCGGCUGCUCAUAUCCUCGCGGAGGGCCGGGUGGGGGCGAGCCGCGCCGCCGGGUGCCGUGCACCCUUCCCGCAGUGAGGUGGCUGCUCUGGCCGGGGCGGGGUGCCCUGAGCUCGGGUCUGGAGUAGAGUGGCACCGAGGUCGCAGGGGUUUCCGUCCGCGCAGUGGGUGAAAUUCUGAAGAUUAUGGUAGAAAUGUUUUUACCUCACAUGAACCACCUGACAUUGGAACAGACUUUCUUUUCACAAGUGUUACCAAAGACUGUAAAGUUAUUUGAUGACAUGAUGUGUGAAUUAACCAGUCAAGCCAGAGGACUGUCAAGCCAAAAUUUAGAAAUCCAGAACACUCUAAGGAAUACUUUACAGACAAUGGUGCAGGUCGUAGGAGCUCUUACAGGAUGUGUUCAGCAUGUCUGUGCCACACAGGAAUCCAUCAUUCUACAAAGUAUUCAUAGUCUCCCCUCCUCAGUCCUUCAUGUAAUCAGAAGUACCUUUGAACACUGUAAGAAUAGUGAAGCCGUCUAUUCUGGGCGUUUUCACCUCGUUUCAGACCUUCUCCAGGCUCUGUUCAAGGAGGCUUAUUCUCUUCAGAAGCAAUUGAUGGAAUUGCUGGACAUGGUUUACAUGGAUCCUUCAGUAGAUGAGAAUGAUGAUGUUCUGAAUAUGGUAGUAGUUAUUCAUUCACUAUUGGAUAUCUGCUCUAUUAUUUCCAGUAUGGAUCAAGCAUUUCAUGCCAAUACUUGGAAGUUUAUAAUUAAGCAGAGCCUUAAACACCAGUCAGCUUUGAAGAGCCUGUUGAAACAUGAGGCUGUUGUCACUAGCUUGUGUGAGGACAUUCUUUCCUCCUUCCACUCCUGUCUGCAGUUGGCUGAGCAGAUGGCGCAGUCAGAUGUGCAGGAUAAUGCUGACUACAGAUUAUUUCAGAAAACACUCAAAUUAUGUCGUUUCUUUGCCAACUCCCUUUUGCACUACACUAAGGAAUUUCUUCCUUUCCUCUCUGAUUCUUGCUGCACAUUGCACCAGCUUUAUCUUCAGAUACACAGCAAGUUCCCUCCAAGCCUGUAUGCAGCCAGCAUCUCAAAAGCACAGCAGGAGGAAAUAGCCGGGGCUUUCCUGGCCACGCUGGAUCCACUGGUCAGUCAGCUGCUCACGUUCCAGCCUUUUGCACAGGCAGUUUUGGACAAUAAAUUAGACCUGCCCUGUGAGCUGCAGCUCCCACAGUGCCUACUCCUGGUCCUUGUCAUGGAUAAGCUGCCCUCCCAGCCUGAAGACCUGCAGACCCUGUGGUGCACAGAAGGCCAGGUCCCAGAAGCUGCAGCCAGGAGAUCUCUACUUGAGGCCAUUUUCCACAGUUUCCAGCAGUGUUCUGGUGAACUCUCUCUGCCUGUUCAUUUGCAGGGAGUGCAGAGCAAAGGGCAUGCCAAGGGGGCUGUCACCUUGUACCAGCACGUUUGUGUUCACCUGUGUGCAUUCAUUGCUUCCUUUCAUCCUUCAGUGUUUCCUCAGCUGGAUGCUGCUCUGUUGAAUGCUGUGCUCAGUGCUAAUAUGAUCACCUCCUUAUUGGCAAUGGAUGCAUGGUGCUUCCUUGCUCGAUACGGGACUGCAGAGCUCUGUGCAUACCAUGUCACCCUCGUGGCUCAUCUGAUAAAAGCUUGCCCUGGAGAGUGCCGUCAGCUCGUCCACCUGUCGCUGCUGUUGAAGCGCCUCUUUUUCUUCAUGGCCCCUUCGCAGCAGGUGGAAUUUAUCCAGAAAUUUCCUCCAAAAGAAGCAGAAAAUUUGCCUGUGUGGCAGUGUAUUUCCUUCCAGGCGUUAUCUGCUGACCUGAGGAGACAGGCUGUGUGUGAGGUGGCCACAGUGGGCACUGCACAGUGCAGGAAGUGGCUGGGCAGCAGUUGCACUCUGAGAGAACUCGGCUCUCUGAAGGAAGUACUUUCUGCUUUGCUUGCUGUAUGUAAUUCUGCUGGUGAAACUUUGGAUAUUGGACAACAAACUGCAAUUAUGGAAGCUGGGAGUCAGCUUUGGGCUUUUUUAAAUGUUAAACAGGUGAUAGGUCAGCCCUGUGUUCAGCAGACCUUCAGCCUUUUACUCCCUCUGAUGGGAUUUUUCAUUCAGACUCUAGAUCCUCCGCUGAUAAGUCAGGUAGUGGCUUUGCAGACCGCAGUACUUAAAUCAGAGCCUCCUGACCACGUGCGUUUGGCAAUGUUGGAUUUUGUCUCGUCUCUAGGAAAACUUUUUAUACCUCAAGCCUUCCAGGAUAAAAUUCUGCCCAGCUUGUCUUGUAUUCUCACCUCCCUGCUAGCCGACAGGAAUUGGCUGCUAGAACAACAUGCCUUGGAGGCAUUUACUCGGUUUGCUGAGGGAACAAAUCAUGAAGAGAUAGUUCCACAGUGUCUCAGUUCUGAAGAAACUAGAAACAAAGUCGUAUCCUUUCUGGAGAAGACAGGGUUUGUAGAUGAAACUGAAGCUGCAAAAGUGGAACGUGUGAAACAGGAAAAAGACAUUUUCUGGGAACCCUUUGCUGACAUGACUGCAGAAGCAGCAAAGGGGUCGUCCUCAGAGCCUUACGCAAAAAGAGCCCGUCACGAGGUCCCCCUGGAAGAGGAGUACAGGUCGGCACUGCAAGAAGCAGCAGGGGCCUUGCAGGCAACAGAGUCAUUGCUACGGAAGGCUCCUGCUCCAGCCUGGCUUCUAAUGGAAAUGGAGACGCUGCAAGAAAGGAUUGAGAAGAUAAAACGUGUGCUCCAGGGUGAAACUUGAACCAAAUGGACUCCAUCCUUGGCAGACAGAACCAAGUUUGAUACUCUCAAUUGCCAGGAUAUUUUGUAAAUGAAAAUACUGAUUUAAUUAUGUUUGCACAUUUUCUAGCACAUAUAAAACAGCUCUUGUAAAGAUGAAUCUAGUGAAAAUAGUCUUUAUUGACAUUUAGAGAACAGGAUUGUGAGGGAUACUCUCAUUAAGAACUUUGGUACAACGUAAUACAUGUGAACAGUCAGUAACUGCCCUGGUCCACAGAGGACCUUUCACUCAAAGUACUACUGUAAACAAAUAAAUAAGCUGCCUAAGGAAACCUUAGCAAUUUAAAGUCAUUUAUAAUUUAUAGCUAAAAUUUUUUCAGUUAGGCUGUAUUUUCAUAAUAGAGCUACUCUUCUCACAGUUCAAGAAAUGGCACAAAAUUAAGCUCACCAGCUUGAAUGUUUAUAUUUAUUGUCUUUACCUCCAGAACUGUCCUGGAAAGGCAGCAGCUCAGCCUUGCCUCACCCUGCUCUUCAUGGAAACCGGACGCAAACACCCACAGGCUCCUCCUCGCAGAAAGCAGUGCUAAGCCUCCGACCACCCCGCGCGGUCGGUUAGCACUUGAGGUUGGCCUCACGUCAGUUGGCACAGACUGUGAAGAGCUCCUGGUAUGGGAAGAGCAGGCUGCUUCUGGGUUUUGUCCAUGCAGCCUGCUUUUGAGGUAUUGAUUUUUUUCUUAAGGAAUCAUUCCUCCUACAGUUCAGGUCAUACCCGUUGUCACCAGUUAUUAUCUUCCCAGUUCAGCUCCCCUUCUUCUCCCCAGCCUUCAGCCUCUCCCUGCAACAAAACACACCAACAGCAACCCACUGAACAACUCAUAUCCAAAUGCAUCAAGUUUUAAAGACCCAGCACUUGUUUUUUGAUGCCAGAAUAUAGUGCUUCAUGCUAAAUAACUGAAAGCUGAAAAGCAAGACUGCCUUGGUUCCGGUGUAGGAAACCUCAGCAGUGCAAGAAUUUUUCACAACCCUGCAAUCCAGUAACACCACUUUUGGCUUAAUCUGUUUUCCAAAUAACAAAGUUAUUCAUGCAACAACCAGACCAUGGAAGCACUGUGCCCAGGCCCCUCCUGGGGAAAGAAAGCUGCCAUUCCUAGGAACCAAUUUUGUUAUUCUGUGCUUAGCUUGAUCAUUUUAACCACUAUGUACAGCAAUCUUUCUUUUCUUUCAUUGGGAAAACAGGUUGGUUACUAUAAACUUGCACCUGAGGGAAAACCCUUAAGUUAAAGGCAGCUUAAUCCCAAAAGUAGUACUCACUUCAGUCAUUUCUGCUGCAGCAAAUUUUGAGGAAAACUGCAUCUUGGGUGAGACAUCAUCCCUGCUGGGGACCAUCAUUUCUGUCCUCAGUUCAGGUAAAAUAAGAAAUGUGGCUGAAGGCUUAAUUUCUGGGAUCAUAUCCGCAAACCAGUCCAACUCAGGGUCUCGUACCGGCUUCUUUUUCACUUGUAUUGUAAACUCUUCUCCUAAGCCAAAUUCUGAUGUUAGUUUAAGGGGCCUUUCUUGUGACAAUACUUUUGGUGGCUUGAUUUUGUCUGGGUCAUCCCCACUCUGUGCAAAACUGGUCUUUUGGGGUGGGCUUGAUUUCAAAGGCUUAGAUUCCUCCGGAAGAGGACCAGGGACAGGUGUCUGCGCCCCUGAGGUAACAGGAAGUGCAGCGGGGACCCCCGCUCCCAGGGUUGUUUCAGCCCCUCCACCUCUGGGCUCCGCAGCAGCAGCAUCACAGGGUUCCUGAGGCCAGAUCUGUGUGCCCACGGUUUGCUUCUCGGGUUCCUCGGGCUCAUUCCAGUCAGGCCACUCCUCAGACCUUUUAGAGUCUGAGGGGAGGUUUUCACUGUCUUCUGAAGAACUUUUAGCAUCUGAGAUUCCAUUCAUGGGAAAUUUAAUAGACUGAGAAAAUGGAUCACCUGUGAGGAUAUGGACAAGAAUUCCCAUUAGACUUCUCGCUAGCACUAGUAAGGGUACAGGUCUGCUCACUUGGAGACAUCCAUGCAUACCAAACCAACAAAAUAACACCAAAGACGUCAUAUGAAUUGCCCUCUUACUGUGUAGUGUUUACAUUUUAUUAACUCAAUGACAGCAAAUCAUGUGUAAGAAACUGGAUGAUUUAGUCCUUUACUAAAUAUUCAAACGUACUGCUCAUUGCUGUAAUAUACAAAUGCUCUAAGCCAAGUCAAGAUGGUAACGCACACACCUUGAAGAAAACGUGUGCUCAAGGAAGCGUGCCUAACUGAACUUACCUUGGUUGUAAGCGGAUCUCCCUAAGUGUGGUCAGAGCGCAGUGCCUCAGCUCUGCUACCAUCUUCCCAGACCAACUUAGCGGCAGAGCUCUUCACAGCAUGCCUGUUAACAUUGCUCGGCACCAUCACUCUUGGUACAAUCUGGGAGAUGCACUGAGGCAUCGAGUCCCCAAGUAAAGCAAAUGGUGCAAAAAAGAAUUCAGGUAACGCUGACUCGCUCUUCUUACCAGUAAUCCAGAGGAGGUUAGGAAUGUACCCAACGGUUUGGAGAGAUGAGACCAAAGUUGACCAGAUUUUCAGAAUUUAAACUUAGUUUUUACUCUCAAGAAAACAUAUAUCCAAGCAAUGGAAACUGUAAAUUUAAUAUUUCUACCUGUCUGUAAAAGAGUAUUGUAGUAAUCUUGCUGUAUGUACUUCUUGCUGCUGAUGGGCAUGUUGCCAGAAAAGAAACAUUUGGGUAAUAUGCUAGAGGAGGGCUUCUCCAAGGCUGGCGGGAUCUGACUGUGCUGGCUGCAGACGACGUGCACGGGAGAAUCUGAAGGUAAAUAAGAACUCCAGAAAAUGAAAGGGAUAGUAAAUUUCUUAUUGAUCUAUCACCUGGCUUGAUGAGCAGCAGUUAGCUAAGGGAAAUGGGUAUAUUUAACACAGAUGAAAGAACAGCUGCAAAUCUAUGAAAAGACAUUUCUAUAGUGGAACAGAGCCUGUCCCUACAGGUACACUUAUCAGCAGGCUAUCUCCUCUCCAUAGUGGUGAUGGCAGAGAAGGGAUUCAAGCAUUAAACAGAUAUACAACCUUUAGGAUACCCUAGUGCAAAAGUUACAGCCUUUAAAAAUAGCCAGUUCAGUGAUGAUAAACCAUAAGUUAUUCUAAGUUCCUUUUAAGAAUAAAAGUCUAAUAAGUAUACAAGCCUAACAAUAUGAAUGUAUUGGAUACACUGAAAGUACACACUUAAAAAUGGUUGAAUUUUAUGCUCUGAAUAUUUAACCCCAAACUGGGGUGAGGGGUGGGGUUUCAAGAAAAUGUCUUUUACAAUUUACCAGAAUGUUUAUAUACAAGAUUGACACUGGUCAGAAAGAUGGUAGCAAAAUUUUGGCUCAGUUCUUCCUCUGCCUUAAAGUGAGGGGUGGGUGGAAGGGCCUGGGGCAAAAGGCCACUGGCAGCCCUCCAGCUCCCACAGCCCUGCCCGCUGCCAGCACUGCACUGCUGCCACUCUUCCCAGUCUCUUCACCCAGCGUCCUUUCAGGCAGACCGAUUACCCGUGGCGAACCUCAGUAUUGGCCCUUGUUCUUGAGUCCGACCAUGUACGCAAGGUCUUGGACGUCAGCAGCCCAUCAUACACAGAAGGCCUCCGCCUGACUCUUAAGCUGGCUCAGGGGCUCUCGCAGGGCUCACCAGGUCUCACAGGGAGGAACCCCCCUCAGAGUCAAGGGGACUACGCCUCAUAUCUGUCUAUGGAGGCUUCAGGACGACCUCUUAAGAAGCACCCGUCUGGUACUGCUGCUCUGCUGUCUUAGGACUACACAGUACCAUUUGUAUAUGAUGUGUCAGAAUGCAUUCUACUGUCAUGUAUAACUAACUAGAGCAGAUUAAAAAAAGAAAAAAAGACUAUAAGCUGGAUCACAUAUCCAAAUGUCUCUUCAGAAUACAGAAUGUCAACAGUUAGAUAACUCCAUCCAACAAGAGAGGUGCAAGGGGUGGGAGCUCUUGCCGAGUCAGUACACAGAUACCCCAAAUCUAUAUGCCUCCAGCCCCUAUGAUGUAGAAAGAUGCCUCUCCUGUUUGACGCAGUCUGAUAACAAGCAGACCGACUGGAUUCAGUAUGUGUACUUCACAGCUGAAAAUGCAACAGCAUCUCUGGUCUUGUCCCCAGCACCCUUCCAAGCCCCUCUGACCACAGCAACUCUGGUUUCAUCCGCACUAAGAACUGAACUCUCAAAACUUCAGAAAGCCAGUGUUGCUCUGAAGAUCUGAUUGACAUCAGUAUUAGACAAAAGGCUAUAGACCACUUUGCUGCUAAUAACCAUCUCCUUGCUAUCUACUGACAAUCAGAACUAGUUAAAUGCCUGGAAUUAUAUAUUACGGUCAAGGUCCUAUUCAGGGUAUACAAAGGAGCAAAAAAGCAACAAUGCUAUAUAGAUGCAAUGUUCUUACAAGGCCAAAAUAUAAAGAUGUCUUAAGUGUCAAACAAACAAACAAAACCCAGUUUUUCAUCCAAAAGACAAAGAAAAACCAAAGGAACUAAAACAUCUAGUGUUAAAGAACUGCUACAAUCUUUCUGGAAACUGAUGCUGUCUACUUGAAUGACAACACCUUCACCCAGUGGUCUCCUGCUGAGACCACCUUCUACUGCUGUGAAACCCAAAGGGCAUGAAGACGCAUAUGUAAGGGUUAACUACUGCAGCACCCCUCAGGUGAUUAAAAACCCAGAAACAGGUGCAAUAUCCAGGAGUCAGUAGGUCAGCGUGAAUUAAAGUCAAUGAACUAUCAGGCAGUUACCCAGGUAUGAGCUACACCUGCACAUACCUGGAGACAAGUCCCCACACGGAAACAAGUCGUGGCCCAAGCAUGGCACUGUGGUUUUCUCAACCCCUAUGUAAAUGCACAGGUACAGCACUAAGGAAAGACAGGAAAGGGUUCUCACUAAACUACCAGCGGUUACCUCCACCCCUACAAGGAGUCAAAAAGGGAAACCGACCUUUUCCUAUACUUCUUUGUAUCAUUUAAUUGAACAAAACCUCCUGCUUUACCUAUGUGAUAGUAAAGAUCCAAUAAAUAAAAAGAACAAGCAGCUAGACUUUUCAAUCAUUCUUACCUUCUGGGGAAAGGUCAGCAGUCUUAGUAAAACUUGGGGCAGUGCGUUUGAAGAUCUUGGUUCUUUCU